CCUACUGCAGGCGGCACUCGACCGCGCGGACGACCACGAGCUGGCACGCAUACUGCUGCAGUUUCUAUGCCAGACAGCAGUGAAACGCAAGCCGCAGUGCUGCCGGCAGCCGUGCGAGGUGGCGGCGCGCGAGGCUCUGCCACGCCUGCUAGCGGCACAUCCCUACCUUCACGCCAUCAGUCUUCAUGUACUGGCAGACUUGAACCACGGUGAACCCGUAGAUCCAUCAGCAGUCAGCUACUUGUCAGUGCAAGAAUGGCGUCCGAACUACGACGAGGUGCUGGGAGUGCUGGAAGACUGGUCGCUGAAGUGCCCGCAUCUAAUAGAACAUCUACUGCUGCAGAUGGAAUAUACACCUCAUCAAGGUGUAUCGCUGGAGACGCAGCUGGCAAUGGGGGCGUGGCUAUGCCAGCAUGUGGGCGGGGGUGGCGGGGCGAGUGAGUGGGCGUGGUCUGUGCUGGAGCGGCUGCGCGUGCACCGCUCGCAGUGGGCGGUGCCGCUCGACGCCUCGCCCCCACACGCCGAGCCGCAGGACGUGUUCUCUACUGCAUUCGCACUGUUAGCUACCAGCUGGGGACAUUCUGUGCCUUUGAUAUGUUCUGUGGGCGUGCGCGCGCUGGUGGGCGUGGCGCGGGCGCGUGCGGGCGCGGCGGCGCGCUGCCUCGUCGCCAUGAUGCGCGCUGUGCAGCACACGCCUGAAUCAGUCGCGCUUACACCAGAAUUCACAGAGGUGUUUAAUAUCCUACUCGGUUCCGGUCCAUCUCUAAUGGCUCGUGCGUUAGGCCGCGCGGGGCCUUCCAGCGCUGAGUUACUGGAAAAGGCGCUUCUGAACGAAUUACUUACACAGUCAAAUAAUGCGGGUAUUCUGAACCCGUGGUUGCGUGGUCUAUGGGCGCCUGGCCUGCCCGCCGCGGCGCGCGCGCUGCUCGACACCGCGCUGCGGGCGGCGGAGGACGUGCCCGCGCUCGAUACUGUCGUCUCGCUCAUGCUGCAGAAUGAAAAUCAUAGAGAGUUCCUAGACGACGCGGUACGUAACGCGUCAGUAGCUCCUGUGGUGUGCGAGGCGGCGCUGCGAGGUGCGCACGCGCAGUGCGAGCUGCCCGCGCUCAUGUGGCCCCGCCUUAUGGACGCGCUCGCACAACAACGAGCCCGGGGACAGAAAGUGCACGUUGAUAACGCACUUAAGCAAAUAGGUUGUACAAUAAGUUCGGAGGAGCUAGUGUUGUACCGCGUGGCGAGCGCCGUGCUGGGCGCGCCGCUCGCUGCGAACCUCGCGCUUUGGCGGCUGCUCCUACAUCUCUAUCUACAGAGACCUCCCUCUAAUCCGCAACUCACAUCAAUGCCAGUCGGUCCACUGUUCUUCAGUGGUAUAAUAAAAUCCCGAGUACUAUCACAAUUAAAGAAACGUCUCAAAGAAACCAUAGAUUAUCAUAAAAAACAGAGCGACCAGUUGAAAAGUCAAGUCUACCCUCAAACAGAACAAAUACCUACAACUAGCGAGUCUAGGAAACAAAAUAAUAUUAAAACUGAACGGAAAUUGUUUACACCAAUAACUAUUAAUGAUUUAAUAGGAGAAUGUAGAAGUGAUUCAGAGAGUGAGUCAUCGGAAGAAGAGAUCACAGAAGAAAGAGUCAGUGAAUCUUCUGCUUCGAGAGAGAAGUUCCAUCUCUUCUGCUAUCAUUCUGGAGCUGUGAAGAUGUUAUGUGAAUAUAAUAGUUGGUUAACUGAAGGGGACAAGGUCCGCGCGGCGCCGCACCACGCUGACAUAGCUAGGUUCAUACAACAGGAGGGUAUAAUCGCAGCUCGACGUAACUCUCUGCCCGGCUGGUUCUUGUCGGCCCCGCCCCCGCGGCCGCGCGCCCCGCCCCCCGCCCCGCCCUCGCCUUUACAGCAAGCUAUACACGCUUUGCUACAAAUCAAAGAAACCAGACCAAUUGCACAUAUACCAAAUAUCAAGCCUUUAUUGGAUGAGGAAAGUAAUUUAUCAGACGCGCGAGUGAUUUUCAACCUUGUGGACAGACAUCUAAAGACUAUGGAAUCUGACGCUCAGGUGUGGGUCCGCGAGGUGUCGCAGCUGUCGCAGCUGGACAGCCAGCUGCUGGAGCUGGUGCGGGCGCUGCGCGUGCGCCGCCCGCUGCCUGUCUACACCAGGUGGUGCGGGAACGACACCUGCAAACCUAUCAAGAUUGCUAUACAGGGAUACGAAUGGGUGAUAUCAAGAGGUGCGGAAGAAGGUAUCGAGCAAAACAGGCGAUGUGCAUUAGCUGCUGUGCGCGUGCUGGCUCGCCCCAGACCUGCCACUGCUCGCGUUGCAGCCACACUGCAGUCAUUGGCCAGAGUGGUGCGCAGCCGCGAGACGGCGGUGCGCGUGGCGGAGCGCGCGGGGCGCAGCGCGGCCGCCGCGCACCGCUUCCCGCCCGCCAUGGACGCCAUCACCUCCCUCGUCACCUAUCUUGCUGAGUGUUGGGUGUGCGAGGACGCGGAGGCGUGCGGGCGGCUGGUGCGCGCGUGGGCGGGGGGCGUGGCGCGCUUGAUCGGAGUGCACAUAGUGUGUGUGUGCGGUGCGAGCGAGACGUGCGCGUUAGUGGUGGGGGGCGCGCGGGCGUGUGCGCGCGGCUCGCUGCCCCCCUCUCUUUGCACGCACAUCACUCACGCCGCUGCGCACGCGCACGCACUCACAUACAACCAAGUACGUUGUUACACUUAA